AUGACGCACGUAGAAGAAGAUGAAAAAGAAGAAGUAGCGGAGAGUAGCGAGGAAGACCAUAGUAGUGACGAGAGCGAGAGCGAUGAAGGGGAGAAGGAGUACAGGGCAGAGCUGGAGGAGGGAGACAGCGAGGACGACGAGCUGGCGAGUUUGAUGGGAGGAGGUGGCGGAGGAUGGCAGCUUGCUUCGAGGGCGGCGACGCUGCCGAAGAGGGAGGUGAAGGUGUGGAACGUGGGCACGGUGGGGCAGAGGAAGAAGAACGCCAUCCCGCCCAAACCCGAGGGCGCCACGCGCUUCGUGUGCAUCUCCGACACCCACAACAGGCACCGCAUGCUCGAGCUGCCCGCCGGCGAUGUGCUGCUUCACUCGGGAGACUUCAGUCUAAGCUGCAAGGAGAAAGAGCUGGUCGACUUCACCGAAUGGCUACACGAACAACCCUACACGCACAAGGUUAUCGUGGCGGGUAAUCACGACGUGCUACUGCACUCUGAGUUCUAUGAGCGACACCACUGGCGCUACCACACGGAGAAGAUAGAGCGUCAUCUGGAGCUCAAGCAGCGUCUGCGCAGUGUAUGUACCUAUCUCGAGGACGAACUGUGCGAGAUCAACGGCAUCAAGAUCUGGGGCUCACCAUGGGUGCCGUACUACCACGAUUGGGCGUUCAUGCCGCCCGACGACGCGGGGCUCAAGGCGGCUUGGGCCAAGGUGCCGGCAGGCGUAGAUGUGCUCAUCACUCACGGGCCGCCGCACAAGGUGCGCGACAAGACCUACCAAGGGGCUAAUGCCGGCUGCCCGCUGCUCGCCGAUGCCGUCUUCAAGCGUAUCAAGCCCGCCGUCCACUGCUUCGGCCACAUUCACACCGGGUACGGAGUGGUGAAGCAGAGGGACUCGACCUUCAUCAACGCGGCGAUCGUGAACAGUGUGUACAAGGUCGCCAAUAACGCUGUGGUGUUCGACAUCAAGUAG